GCGUGGCGGCACGUGAUUAGUCAAUGUCUUUUAUAGUUGACUACAGCGUAUUGAAAUGAAUAUUAUAGUUGAGUUGGGAGCCCAUAAUACGAAAUCUUGAUUCAACCAUUACAGUCGACGAGUAGAAAAAAGGUUGUUUUCUGUUCCUGGUUAAAAAUAUCCUUUUUUGGCUAUGCUCUCCAGUGGAUAGUGAACGACAUUUAUUCACACAAAUGUACUCUCUAUUUUCUUUCCUAGAUAUCGGCAUUAUGCAAAAUACAUUUCAAGAUUUUUUAUGUAUUACCCCCAUUUAUUUUAUGAGCUAUGCCCCUUCGUUUGGCUUUUUUCGAUUUUUUGAUUACCUAAGUAUUAUAAGUUAGGAGCGAAAAACAUACCUAUUCUAUGUACAAUUAAAAAAUCUCCUAACUGAUAUAAUAAUUAACAAAAUUGAACGAAAUCAAACUACUCUGGUAAAUACUUUCUGGUCCCGCUUAAUAUAAAACCGUAUAUAUAUGACGAUAAAUACGUAACCAUCGACACGAGAAGAAUACCUUUGUUAGUAGAAAAAGACGUGAGGUAGGUGUAGAUAUACUGUCCCAAAGGCCAACUUUAAUCUUAAACUAAGCAAUGGAGAUAACCAUCGGGCCAUCAACUAUAACAAUUAGGCUAUCAAACAUCCCACUGUUUCCUUACGGAAAUAAAACAAUUAUCUUCUUUUCCAGGACCAUGGAUCCAGAGCAGGUUAUGGAGGAGAUGGACUCCUCUACUCCUGGAGUCCUGAUAUCCUCCAGUGAUAACAGGACACUGAAUGCCACCAACGCUACUGACAUCAACUACUAUUACUUCUAUGAGGUGGCGCAGUUCACCGUGAUGUGGGUGCUCUUCAUAUCGAUAGUGGUCCUGAACGCGUCAGUUAUCGCGGCGCUGCUCUGCACCAACGCCAGGAAGAGCAGGAUGAACUUCUUCAUCAUGCAGCUAGCUAUUGCCGAUCUUUUCGUGGGCCUCGUGCUGGUGUUCGCAGACAUCGUCCAAAAGCAUACAAUAGCGUGGCUCGCCGGGGAAUUUAUGUGCAAAUUCGUAAAAUUUCUGCAGGCGGUGGUGAUGUACGCGUCAACCUACGUGCUGGUCGCACUGAGCAUAGACCGCUGUGACGCCAUCACCAAUCCUAUGAACUUCUCGGGCAGUUGGAACCGAGCGAGAGGCCUCAUCGCGUCAGCUUGGAUCAUAAGCAUAGUAUUUUCCAUCCCACUUCUGAUAUUGUACGAAAUUAAAGAAGUACAAGGUCAACAACAAUGCUGGAUAGAUCUCGGCUCGUCCGAGAGAUGGCAGAUCUGGAUGACCCUGGUCUCCGUCAUGAUCUUCGUGUUCCCCGCCCUGGCUAUAGCGGCGUGCUACGCCGUCAUUGUCAUGACUAUCUGGACGAAGAGCAAAGCGGUGGUCAUGAGUCCCCCCGUCAGCUCGAGAAGGACGAAAACUAUGAAUAACGGGCACGUGGAAGGUGAUCCAGACUCCAGGCGCGCCAGCUCACGUGGCCUCAUUCCCAGAGCCAAGAUUAAAAGCGUUAAGAUGACGUUUGUCAUCGUAUUCGUAUUCGUCCUCUGCUGGCUCCCGUACAUCGGCUUCGACCUGCUGCAGGUGUACCACUUCAUCCCGCAGACGCAGACCAGCAUGGCCAUAGCCACGCUGAUCCAGAGCUUGGCACCGCUAAACUCAGCUGCUAACCCUCUGAUUUGCUGCAUGUUUUCGCCACACAUCUAUAUGAGUCUUAGACGAGUGCCCCCGUACCGAUGGCUGUGGUGCAGCCGCCGCCGGCGCCGACGCGGACGCGGCACGUUGCGAUCACGUUCCGACUCCACGGCCAACUCGGACCUGCUCAGCCAUUCGACGCAUGCGAAGAGAUCGCAGUCUGUUGCUAUGUCGCUGAACCGUACGCGCAGCAGCAGCGUGUCCCGCGCGAUCCACAGCGACCGACGCACGCAACUUCUUGUACUGACGUCCGUGCGCGACUGACAACUAACCGAUACGGACGACGUCAUGUUGUAGAUUAUAUUACAAUAGAGCAAGCUGCAUCAGUGUCAGUGUGUAAUUAAACCAGAAACCUCACUUUUGACACGGACAAAUUAUAUCCUUAACAAAUACAGAUUCAAUUCAUAACCUUUUAUUACAAUCAAAAUACGCCUCAUGGACAUCUUCAAGCUGUAGAUAACAUUACAUGAGUCUAUGCUAACUACACCGUAUUCAGAAGUAGCGUGUCACGACUCACGAAUAUCGUCCGACAUACUGCGACUGACGUCCGUGCGCGACUGACCGACACUGACGACUCGACUUCAUGCUGUAAAUAAGAUUUUUACUUAAUUUAUUUUUAAAACAUUUAAUAAUAGACAAAAAAAAUAUGCACUUUGGCUUUUCCAUCCUGAAUAUCUCAUUUUAAUGCUUGAACA